AUGGCAGAGGUGGGAGUGUCGGUGGCAGCAAAACUUGCUGAAUAUUUGGUGCAUCCAACUUUACAGCAGCUGCAAUAUUUGUUCUGUGUGGGCAAAAUCACCAAAAAUGUUGAGAUCAGAAAGGAAGAGCUGAUCCUGAAGCAAGGGAGGGUGCAGGAACGCGUUCAAGAGGCCGUCAACAGGACUGAGAGGAUUGAUGAUGAGGUUCACAGGUGGAAGAAUGACGUGAAGAGCCUCAUAGAAGAGGUGGAGAAUUUGGAGGAAAGACUAAGGGCUAAUCAUGGUUGCCUUCGAGGGUUGUGUCCUACUUGGAGGAGAUAUUAUCUCUGCAAAAAGUUGGCUAAGACAAUCCGGAGGAUGAUUGAUCUAAUUACAAAGAGUAAUCGCUUGGAUCCAUUUUCCCAUCCCGUUAUUGUUCCAGAUAUAGUGUAUCACUCUUCACAAAACUUCAAGCUCUUCAACUCUACACAAAUGGCUUUUGACCAGUUGUGGGAGGCUUUGCAAAAUGAGGGUAGCUCCGUGAUUGGACUUUGGGGGAUGGGAGGGUCAGGGAAAACUACCUUGGUGACAGAAGUGGGAAAGAAAGCCAAAGAGUCACAACUCUUCGAUAGAGUUGUGAUUGCCACAAUUUCUCAAAGUUUAGAUAUCAUGCAAAUUCAGGAUGAAAUUGCUGACUCGUUGGGGCUCAAGUUAGAAGAAAAAUCUAAAACAGGAAGGGCAAAAAGAAUUGCACUACGAUUACAAGGCGGAAAACCGAUUUUGGUAAUACUGGAUGAUAUAUGGGCUAAGCUAAAUCUUGAGCACAUAGGGAUUCCCAUGGGGGGAAAUCCUCAAAGAAGUUGCAAAGUUGUCCUGACCACACGCCUUUUAGAAGUGUGUACCUUGAUGGAAUGUCAAAAGACAAUCAAACUUGAUUUGUUAAAAGAAGAUGAAGCUUGGAUUUUGUUUCAAAGUCAUGCUAAUGUCAAUGAUGCUGCUCAACAGGAUAUGGCACGACAAAUCGCUAUGGAAUGUAAGGGCCUACCCAUUGCGAUUGUAGCUGUGGGUACUUGCUUGAAAGAAAAAGGAGUUGAUGAGAUGAAGGUAAUGUUGUAUCAGUUGAGGAAUGCGAAAGCAACCAAUGUGAAUAAAGGAGUAAGGGAUGCUUUUACUUGUCUUGAAUUAAGCUAUGAUAAUUUGGCAACCCGAGAAGCCAAGUUGUUAUUGUUAAUGUGUGCUAUGUUUACUGAAGAUCGUAAUAUUAGUGUUGAAGACCUUUUCAGAUAUGGAGUGGGUUUAGGCCUAUGUGAAGAUGUAGACUCAUUUGAAAUAGCAAGGAGCCAAGUUAGAACAACUAUAAAUGAUCUCAUCAACUCCUCAUUGUUGAUGUAUUCUUCAAAAUUCAACACAAAUGCACAAGAAUAUGUGACAAUGCAUGAUAUGGUUCGUGAUUUUGCAUUGUGGAAAGCAUCUAAAGAGGAUCGUACCAUUGGGGUAAAUUGUGGAAAGGAAUUGAAUGAAUUGAUUGCUGAUGAAGUGGUGAAAAAUUGUUAUGCUGUAUCUUCAUGGUAUGAGAACAAUAAACUCUUUCAACUUCCUUCUCAAUUGGAUGUCUUUCAAUUUCCUUCUCAAUUGGAUGCUCCAAAGCUUGAGUUUCUGUUGUUACAAUCUGGAAAACUCUUGGAUAUCUCACAUGCAUCAUUUGAAGGAACUAAAGGACUGAAGGUGUUAAUUAUUAGGUCCUUCUGUUUUGGGCACCUCAAAGCUAAACUAUUACAACCUCAAUCAAUCCAACACUUGUCUAAUCUUCGAACUUUGCGAUUGCAAGGUUGGAAUUUACGUGACAUCUCUUUUGUGGUAAGCCUUACAAGACUUGAAAUUCUUGACUUGCAAACAAGUAUGUUUGAAAGAUUGCCAAAUGGAAUUGAAAAUUUAAACAAGCUGAAGUUGUUAGAUUUGUCAGAUUGUUACAUAGGUGAAUGUUGUUGCAAAGUAAUAGGAAGAUGCUCACAGUUAGAAGAGUUGUAUGUUACCAUGCAUUGUCCACAGUCAAAAAUUGCAAAAUGCUAUGAAUGCCUUAUGGCCCCUACUGCUUUGAUUAAACUGAGAAGGCAUAGGAUAGAAAUUGGGGAGCAUAAAUUUUUGUAUCAAAGGGAAAGUGCAAGAUAUUUACGCUUGGUUCAGUUAAAUAUCGCCAUGUUAGGUGUAGGAAUCAAGGAUCUUGCACAAAGAGCAACUACAAUUGAAUUUCAUGAGCUUGAGGGAGGCAGCAGAAGUUUCAUGCCUAAUGUUGUUCAAGCUAUUGGAGCCAUGAAUGAGUUAACCAAGCUCUGUCUUGGAAGGUGUUCAGAGAUGGAAUGCAUUAUUGACAAAAUCAAUGCUCAUGAAGAUGCGAUUGCCCCAAGAUUGGAUGAGUUAGUGCUAGAAGAUAUGGAUAAUCUUCAACAACUACAUCGUGGUCUUUCUUCUUUUAGCUUGUUCCAAAAGCUGGAAAGACUAACUAUAUCCAAUUGCCCUCAGUUGCUCCAUAUAUUCCCUGCUGAUUGCAACUUAGGCAAUCUUAAGUUUCUCGAUAUUUCUGGUUGUCUGAGGUUGACAUCUCUCUUCCCUGUCUCUGCUAUGUUCACUCUGCUGUCCUUACAAGAGCUCCGAAUAGAAAGGUGCAGUGAACUGAAGCAUGUAAUAGAAGGAGAGGCUGAUGGUGAUGCAAGGGAGAAUUUGAGCUUCCCAAAAUUGAAAAUUUUGUCUGUUGAUAAUUGCUGCAAAUUAGAAUCUGUAUGCUCAGUCUUUUUAGCUCAAAGGUUUGUACAAUUGCAGCGUCUAUCCAUAGCAAAUGCUCCUCAGAUGAAAUUUUUGUUCGGUGAAAAUGCUGAUGAAGAACAACCACUGCGUGAUCAAGAUGAGACUCAAAUAGCUCUUUCUAUUUUGGAAUACCUCACACUAACAAAUCUUCCAAACCUUGUCGGAAUUUGCUCAAAGAGGUAUCAUCUAAGGGGGCCAUCUAUAAAGACAAUAGAAUGCGAGGAUUGUCCAAAUCUGGAACUUCAGAGCCACCAGAGGAAUGAAGAACACGAGUCGUUGGCAACUAUAGAACGUAUUGGACUUCAUAACUGCGGAGUAGAAUCCAUUUCCCUCUAUAAGACGCGCGUCGAAGAACAAUAUCCAACAUUUCAAUCCCUUAAAGAACUAGCCUUGGCAAACCAUGCAAGAUUGAAAUUUGUCUUUUCUGCUCACAUGUGUCAAAGUCUUCCAGAGUUAACUUCUGUAACCAUAUCUCGCUGUGAGGAGUUGGAGGCGAUCUUUUCGGAGAAUGAAGAGACUCAGAAAAAUCCACCUAAUGCUGAAUCUUGUCUCCCGAAAUUGAAGACGUUGGAAGUCUCUGAGUGCAACAAGCUUAAAUUCAUUUUAUCUUUCAUGAUUGGUCCUACUGUCUCAAUGCUGCCACAACUAAGCACUCUAGCCAUAUCAAAUUCUUCCGAAAUGGAAGAAAUUUUCAAAUGCCCAAAUAUUGAAGAUCAUCACAUUGAUAGUAGUGAAAAGGAGAUUACAUUCCCGAACAUGAAAUAUCUGAAACUUGAGAACUUGCCAAGACUUGUUAAUGUCUGCCAAGGAUUCAAGUUGCAGACAGGGGAGUUUUGCACGGUUGCGGUUCAUGACUGCCCAAAACUUAUGCCAAUUAUGGGUGCAUCUAUUCAUUGGACUAAAGAGGGACUUGUAAGGAAGUAUGUGUUGAGAUACAGCCAAUUGGAUAACAAUGAGGCUCUCAAUAAUCUUCCACUUUCUGUUCUAAAUAUUGGAGAGUUUGAUAUUCAAAGUCCUAGAGUUGAACACAAGCGGCGAGUGAUUAAAUGUUGA